AUGCCGUCCAGCCAGCAACCAGCUUGGUUGAAAACUCUGAUUGCAGAUCAGGGGCCUCCGCCCAAUUUAUUUGCGUGGACGCCUGAAAAUCUCGAUCUGGGUGCAAAGCAUAACACCCCAGCUAUUAGCCCUACCGGCGGCAGAAAUGACCUGGAUCGACGGGUAUUCAUCCUCGGCGUCGGCAACAUUGGAAGGCUUUAUGCAAGUUGCCUGGCAAGGCAACCUAGGCCUCCACCCAUCACCCUCGUGGUGCACAGGAAAGAGCUUCUGACGCAAUGGGUUCAGGGCGAUGGUGUCGAGCUCACUCGUGAUAGCGUGGCUAUUAAGAACAAGGAUUUCGAUAUUGAGUGGUGGACUCGAACUGCCCCGGACCAUGGCCCUGUACGGGAGGUGGCGGAUGGUAAAAAACUGCGCAACCUCUUCAUAUCAACCAAGGCAUCGGCCGCCAUGCCAGAAGCAGAUCGACUCCGAGGGUACCUGGACAGGCACAGCACCGUUGUGUUUGCCCAGAAUGGCAUGUCCAAGCUCUGGCCGCCGCACGGCCAGGAAUAUAUUGCCCAUCGAUAUGAGGCAGGCAACGCGCCCAGUUUUCUUGCUUGUAUUGUUAAUCACGGUGUGCUGUCUGUAGGACCCUUCAAGAGCGUACACACGGCUCUGGCGGACGCGUCCAUUGGCCCGGUACUCGUUAACCCACAUCCUCCCCCCAGCGUUGAAUUUUUCAUGACGCAAGUCGCUACUGCGCCCCUUCUGAACUCCAAGUCUGUCUCUGCGGGCGAGCUCUGGCUACUGCAGCUAGAAAAGCUUGUGAUGAAUGCCAUUAUCAACCCCCUAACGGCGUUGUUACGCUGCAAAAACGGCGAACUCUUCGCUGGUGGCGAGCUGAAUAACCCCCUCGGGCAGGUCCUGGACAAGCUACUAGCGGAGACGAGUGCGGUCAUCCACGCCCUCGUAAAUCAUGAAAGUAGUGCUGAUAUUCUCGCCUCAUAUAUGGAUCAAAAUCAACCGUCUAAAUCAGACAUCCCCACUGAGAACAUUCACGAGCUGCAGAAGGGGCUGGCAGAGCGGUUUUCUCUACCAUAUUUGAAGAAGAAGCUAUAUAGAUUUGGUGUUCAAGUUGGCGAAAACCGCAGCUCUAUGCUUCAGGAUGUUGAAGCUGGAAAACCAACAGAGAUUAGAGAUUUCAACGGUUGGUUAGUAGACAUGGCGGCAUUUCUUGAUCAGCGACUGGAUGUGUCAACUCACCGUGCUCUUAUAGAGCUCGUGGAGGGCAAUGUAAUUUUGAAUCAGGCCGAACUUGCGAAUAGACUUCUCUAG